UCAAUUCUACGCACACAAGUUCAGCCAUUUAUGACUAAUGUAUAAUUGCUCUUCUCAUCCGUUACCUCCGUUUCAAUUCUCCGCUCAUCUCCUGCACUGCAUACUUCUCGCUCCACUCCGCCGCACUUACUUACAAGUUUAGAUGCAAGAUGCAAACACACUCUCCGUGCGAAUCGAUCACGUCCCACAACGAACAAAAAUCUCAGGGAGUGCCCAGAAGCCUCACUCAGGCGAAAUCACCCUCGCCUUUGAGUGAGCUGAGAAGCUCCGCCACUAUCUUUAAGUGAACCGUUGCUGGAAUUUAAGACCUCGAGAAGCUUCGCCUGCCUCUCUCUUAGCCGAAAGCAACCCCCUUUCGAAGAAGUCAAGACCGCGCCUCACAUUUGUUGAGGCGUUUCUAGAUUUGUAGCAGAAAAGCAAGGAAAGUAAGAGAAGAAGAUGUACACUUAUUUAAUGAUCGAGUUAUGGGAUAUUUUAAUCACAUGUACUUUUCUAUCUUAUGCUCGGGAAAACAGGAGAAGAAAAAUGCAGACUUCUUAUGCUCAGAAAAACUUUCCAAGAUUCAGAUUGGUUUAGAUUGGUUUGAAUUGUAAACAAGACGUCUACAAUUUCAUCAAAUCAGGAGGUUGUUGAUCGAAGAUGCGAAAUCAACUUUUAGUUCAAAAGCUCCUGCAUCACUUCAAUGAAUUACAAUUUACAAUACUAAGAAAGGUCUCCUUUAAGCUAUCUGUCGAUUGAACGAUGUUGGCCGUAGUAGAUUCCAAUUUGCUUACACGUUCAGCGAGAACCUGCAAUCCACAAAAGAGGUUGUUGAUCGAAGAUGCGAAAUCAACUUUUAGUUCAAAAGCUCCUGCAUCAUUUCAAUGAAUUACAAUUUACAAUACUAAGGAUGGAGAAGAAUAAGAAGACUGCUUCAUCUGAGAAAACUGGUACCUUCACCGACUAUUAUGUAAUUGAUCCAAAGCAGCCCCAGCCCCAGUCCCAGGUUAUGAUGAAUAGUAAGAUGAUGAUAAAAGGAAGGUAGAUGUUGACAUCAACAUAUUUCUCACUUCUUGAAGAGGUUGAAGAGAUGAGUAGGGAGGAGGAAGCAGUGAACCAGAAAACAGAGGGUAGAAUAAAUGAAGAACAUAAAGAGGUGAGUGCACAGAAGGUGUCUGAGAAAGAGGUACGUGAGUGCACAGAGGUCUUCGGCUGAGAUACAUAUCAACAGAGGAAGAUUUUCUUGAGUAUGAGGGCUAUUCAUCUUCACACAGAAACCUGGGGAAUUAGAUGUAAAUUGGUAACACAUGAACGAGGUUUGGUUGUCUUUCGGAUAAAAAACAAAUGAAGAAGAUUGAACAAAAGUACUUAUGGAGGGGCCUAAUGUUGUCACGGGGAGAGCACUAAUGUUAAAAAAUAUGCAGGCACGGUUUAGUUAUGAUGAUGAGGAGUUCUUGAGAGUACCCAUGUGGACUAUACUGCCUCAAACUACCUAUGGAUUGUUGGAAGGAGGAGAUAUUAGGAAGAUCGCUUCAAGAGUUGGCUUGCCUAUAUUCAAUCACGGUAUUACUAGUGAGUAGUGACAACUGACAAGAUGAGAUUGGAUUAUGCUAGAAUAUUGGUGGGAGUUGAUGCUUCUAAGCCUCACACUUUGUUUGUCGAUAUCAAGCUUCCCUCUAGGCAGAAUAGAAGACAAUUCAUCAUCUAUGAGACCUUCCCUAAUUACCGUUUUCACUAUAAAAAGCAUGGACAUGAUGCUUUUACGUGUAAGCCCCUCCACCAGCUAGAAAGAAAAAAAACAAUUGGGGAAGGAUCAUAUAGUUUACUACACCACAGAUUCAAUUGGGGAGAUCUUAACUCUGGUAGACACUGAGCUGUGGGAGAACAAGGCUGAUGAUAUUGUAAAGGAUGAUGCGGUACCAGAACCCAGUAAAUAUCGAAGGAGCUAACAUCUUACCUAAUCCUUGUGAGGAAGUUUCUGCUAUAAAAAGGGAAAAAGAGAAGGUUGCUCGGGAAGAGAAACGGGAAAAGGAAACACUAUUUAUAGCAUUUUUCAUUGAAGCAUCUAACCACACACUUUGUAGAUAUUCUGGCUUUGUAGUUUUGGCACUUAUCCUCGGAGGAUUUAGUUUUCCAAAUAUUGGGGACACCCUACUAUGUGUGAACAUAUCUAAAACAAGUGUUCCAAAUAUGAUGAACUUGUUCCUCACGAUUUCAAUCACUAGAUGAUGACUCCACUCAAAACUAAAUUGCUGGAUUAAUUCGAAACUUGUUCCUCACGAUUUCCA